UUUUCCCUCUCCCCUGUUGCUCGUGAACGUGACUGCAAGCUUUCGCCGUGCUCCUACUUGGUCAUCGUCAUCGAGUCGCGACGGUGAUUCCGGAAGCUCGAAGGUCGGAGGACGGAGGAUGAGCUUCCAGGACGUCCAGAACGGCGCCCGGCCGGCCUCUUCCCGGUCCCAGAGCCCCUCGCAGGCGGUGGCCGCCGGGAUCUUCCAGAUCAACACCGCCGUCGCCGGCUUCCGCCGCCUCGUCGACGGCAUCGGCACCGCCAAGGACACCCCCGAUCACCGCCAGAAACUGCACAGCACGAGGCAGAGGAUACUGCAGUUGGUGAAGGACACUUCGGCGAAGCUCAAGGCGUUGAGCGAAUCCGAUCACGACUCCAGGGUCAAUCCGAGCAAGAAGAUAGAAGAUGCGAAGCUGGCGAGGGAUUUCCAAACUACAUUGCAAGAAUUCCAGAAAGUUCAGCAGCUCGCGGCCGAGCGCGAGUCUACUUACGCUCCAUCUGGUCCUCCUCCCUCUGCGACAACUUCCGGGUCUGAUGAGCAAGUGGCGUCUAGAAUGGACCAAGAAUACCAACCUUUUCUUAUGGAUCAGAGGAGGCAGGAGGUUGUGCUUUUAGACAAUGAAAUUGCUUUCAAUGAGGCUAUGAUUGAUGAAAGAGAACAAGGUAUAAGAGAAGUAGAGGAACAAAUUGGACAAGCAAAUGAAAUAUUCAGGGACCUUGCUGUUUUAGUUCACGAGCAGGGCGUGGUAAUUGAUGAUAUUCAAUCAAACAUUGAGAAUUCCGCGGCUGCGACAAAACAAGCGAAAGUUCAACUGGUUAAAGCUUCUAAAAGUACGAAAUCCAGAUCCUCAUGGUGUUGGUGGUUGUUGGCAAUCUUUGUGGUGGCUGUGAUCGUCUUCCUCCUUGUCCUCAUCCUCUAGCUUUGUGAGUAUAUUAGGCCAUCGAGGAGUGAUACUGUUUGAUUAUUUCUUCACUGUUGGUACAAGUUUUGCUAGUCUCCAUAUCGUAGAUGAGUUUAGCGUGCAUAAACGUGGAACAGUAUCGUUUUGCUUGUCUAUUUGUUGAUCCUUUUGGUUUUUUCAUUCGGUUGUGGCUGGGUUUUCUUGUUUCUCUUUCGUUUAUUUGUUCUUUUUUCCUGGAUAGUUGUUAUAACUGAUUGGAUAUUGUUCUUCUGAUUGGUGUGCUUUGGACGGAAAAUACAUAUAGUCCUUUUCAUUUAGC